AACUGGUGAAAGUGUCAGAACAGCAUCACUCAGUUGUAAUGUUGUAAUAGUUCCACUUGGUGGUGCUGCAGACUUGAGUCAGAUUUAGCUCCUGAGGGGAGGGGGUGGCGUAUGGACAGGUGUUCAAAUAAAAUUCGGCUCCAGGCCCCAAACCACCUCAGACUACUUCUGAUGAUCUGAUUGUUAAAGUGUUGAAACAAACAAGAAGUAGUUCCUCACGGUUUUUCCUACUGAAGCACGUAGAACAGGUGGGAUUUGGUAGCAGUGGCUCAGUGGUCAGUGCCAUGGCUUCAUAAUCCUGAGGCUGCAGGUUCGAGCCAACUUUGCAAUGGGAAGGGGUUUUGCUUUGAAGCCCCAGAAUGAAACUGAGCCCCACCGUUAAUCGACUCUGAACUUCAAAUGGAGCUGAGGGAGAUACAAACAUCUGAAUCAUCUUGUCCCCUCCUCCCCUCCUCACCACUUUACAUCCCAAAAUACAGCAGCAGACCAGCUCAGGGACCAAACAUAGCUCAGACAACACUGUGGGGGGGUUGUGGGGGGAGCAGCAGUAGGUGCACGUUUCACCACUUGGUCUGGCUUCUCCUGAAAGGUUAGUUGGAAAACUCCUGAACUCCGACGCUACGAGGAGAAACUGAUCUGUACGGGAACAUUAAUCCCUUUUUCCACCGUGUCACCGAGUUUUUCCACCACUUAUAAAUAACAAGUGCGUUUGCUUUUUGCUCAGAUUAGACGGGACGAGACAGUUAGAGAAGCCGCCUGAUGAGAGAAGAUCUUCAUGGAGUUUCUGUCGAGGAACCCUCCUGUAGACGUCAUCUUCAGCUUCACUGGAACCAGCAGAUAGUUUGGAACAGAUAAACACUUUUUAAAAAGACGUGUAAAUCUUUGUUUCAGAGAUCCAUUUGAUUUGAACACAGCAGGUGUCAAAGGUCACCAUGGAUGGAGUGGGAGCUCAGGAGGUCCUCGCCGAGUUCAGGGCCACGCUGGAAGCCGCCGUGAGCGAGGUGCACGUGGACGUGAGCGCCUUCAAGCAGCGCGUGGAGCAGAGGAUCGACGAGCUGCGCCUGUCCAGCGGACCCCUGGCCGAGGCUGUGAGCAGGCUGCAAGAAGAGAACCUGCAGCUCCGGGCCAAGAUGGAGGCCCUCAGCCUCCUGGUGGAGAGCCUCGCCGGGGCCACGAGGAAGACCCCGGAGGAAAGCACGGAGGAUCCGGAGCGACCCGGGAACCCAGAGGAUCGGACGGGACUCAGCAACAGUACUGGGUCAGAAAACAACCAGUCCACACAAUCAGAACCAUCUGGCGCUGGACGGAGCCAUUCAGGCAGCAGUCCGGCUCCAUGGAGGGUCAAGAGACCAGCAGAGGCUAACGGAACCAUCACGAAAGGAGAAAAAACCGUCUCAGACGUCUCUGUGACCUCCGAGAACCACGAUCAACCAGAAAACAGUAGUGCCACCCAAAGUCCUGAAGCUUUCCCUCAGUCCCACCGACCUCUGAGCUCCAAACCAAACCAGGAGUCCUGUGCAGCAGAAACCCUCAGCCCUCCUGAUGCUGAUGAACCUCAGCCUCACUUCCCCGUCAUCGCCAUGAAGACUAAACCCGGUCUGGAGGGUCCGCUCGCUGCCAAACCCGCUCAGUCCCCGCUGGUGUCCGCACGCAGAGCAGCGGAUCAUUUAUUUAACUUAGGCACGUCUUCAGCAAAGGAAAAGACCCAGGACCAGCCAGACCCUGUGUCUUUGGUCCAUCUCCCCCUCACAGCUGUAACCAAAACCAGCUCUGAAGCUCCAGCUGCAGCUAAACCUGAUCCAGCUUCAGCUCCAACACAAGAACCGACGACAAAACCAACGGAACAUCCGCUCAGAGACACGAGGGAACCCAAGUCCCACUUACCUCCCUCCACCAUCGCCAAACCCACCGCUGACUCGCCUCAGGCCCAGACUCUUCCAGCAUCCCUGGACCCGCCUGUGAAACCUGGAGAAUAUCCCUUCAAACGAAGUCAGAAGGACCAGAAACUUGGAGCUUUCACAAUAAAAGCUGAGCAGAUUUCAGUUCCUGGAAAUGUAUUUAUUUUUAUUUUGAUCAUUUCAGCUCCGGUUUUAAAGACCCCCAGUCCCAGUCUGAAAAGAAGCGUGAGCUUCUCUCAACCUGCAGAGAAAUUACUUCCCUCCAAAUCCUUUAUAAAUCCUGGAUUCUCUCCCAAACUGGAGAAAUCAAACAAAUCCGGGGCGUUCGAGUUCAAACAGGAAGUGAUGAAAUCACAAACACUCCCGCGCUCCAACGGCGCUCAAGCUAAACGAGCUCUGUUCGAAAGAAUGAACUCGGAGCCUGUAAACAGGGCGAAAGACUCCAAACCCAAAUUGAAACGCUCCCAGAGCUUCGGCGUUUCCAGCGCCAGCGGAAUAAAGCAGAUCCUCCUGGAGUGGUGUCGCUCGAAAACCAUCGGCUACAAGAACAUAGACAUCCAGAACUUCUCGUCCUGUUGGAGCGAUGGAAUGGCCUUCUGCGCUCUGGUCCACUCCUUCUUCCCGCUGGAGUUCGAAUACAACACGUUGAAUCCGGCGAAUCGCAAAAAGAACCUGGAGCUGGCCUUCACCACAGCAGAGGAGCAGGCGGACUGUCUGCGUCUGAUYGAGGUGGACGACAUGCUGGAGAUGGGGGACAAGCCGGACCCCAUGUGUGUGUUUACCUACGUCCAGUCGCUCUACAACCACCUGAAGAAGUUUGAGUAAUUCUGCAUCAAAAACCAAAAGCCUUUAGAUUUAUACGGCAGGAGAGCUUUUCAUCUCAGUCCUGUAGAACUCUUUGGUUCUGGGUCGUAACGUUAGUCCAGCUCACCAUCAGGAUCUGGAUUUAAAGAGUUGUGUGCAUAAAGUUUUAAAGCACCACAUGUUUACAGAAUACAUGAUAAAAUCAUUUUUAACUCUUCGUAGAGACUAUUUUAGCUGCCGUCACUUUGUGAAACUGAAGACUAUUUAAGUUUUUACACCAACCCAGCUGCUUCCCAUCAAAGUGUUUUAAAUUUUACAACACAAACAUGUAGAUAACAGGAAAAAGAUACAUUAGAGGUGUUUUAUUGUAAUUUUUUUCCCCUCUGUGUUUAAAGGUUGAGUAAAUAUGAGAGAUAUUCUGCCACCUGCUGGUGGAGAAAAAAGAAAAUCAGAAUUAUUUUAAAAACAAUUUAGUUUUAUUUUUGUUGUCACCACAAAGACGUGUUUAAAACAAGUUCACUCAGUGGAGACAUAGAAAUAUAACAAAAAAUACACCACUUUAUUCACAUCAGUUUGUCAUGCGCUGUAAGAAAAUAUAAAUAUAUAUUUUAAAAAACACUUUUUGUUGUGUUUUAUCUCAAAGCUCUUUAAAAUGUUAUGUGUGAAGUGGCACGGUUUGUUUUUAUGUCUUUAUGGAGGAUUGAAACGGAUCACUUUUUUAACACAAAUCUCACCAAAAAUAAUGUUUUUUUUUAGUCCUUAAUAAAUCACAUUUUAUCUCAAAGCUCA